AUUGGUUGAAAUGAGUGCUGGCCGCCGACAUACGCUAAGCCCAAAGAGGCUAGUGUUGCUACCACCUCCAACUUCCGAACUUCAACUCUGCACAACGCCCGUAUCCCACCAUAUCAAUCUUCAUCAUGGCUUCUUCCACCACGGCCAUUGUGCCCCCUAAGCGGGCCAAUACCGACUAUCCCCUCAUCGACUCCGACCCGCAUCUGCGUCGUGUGUUCGGAUACGCUCGGCCUUCCGAUUACGCCGUGGCUGGUGGAAUGGCUACCGUCUCCCCCAUUGCAUUCUGGAUCAUGGAGCGGGUUAGCCCGUCGCAUGUCGGCCGCGGUGGCUUUGCCCCCGUCAUGCGCCUCGCCAGUGCCGUCGGCAUUCUCGGUGGCCUCCACGUGCUUUACCAGAGAUCCUGCAGACGUUUCUACGGCUUCACCGAGAACUCCCGGGAGGUUGAGAGGGACAUGCGCGAGAUGGUCGACAAGGUGAAGAAGGGUGAGCCCCUAUACGGUGUCUCUAAGGUGUCCGAUUAUAUUCAGGGUAUUGCUGCCCGUAACUCCCGGUACUCCGAGCUCUUCAUCCACGUCCUUCCGUGGAUCAACAUUGUCAACCACGAUCAGCACGGUGUCGACACUGCCAAGUACUAUCAACAAGCGGAGCGUGAAUUGGAAGCUGAGCGAACCGCCUAGAUUAAUUCCAUGAGCUCUUUAAACUAUUCGUCUCCUGAGUUGAUCCCCUGGAGUUGCAAAAUUUUUGUACACAUAUCCAUUUUUCGUGUGUUUUUUGAAGGCGCAAUUUGCAAUUAACAAUACAAACUUAUGUUCUGC